CCAAAUUUCAAGCAAAGACUUGUCGACAUGAGUGACAAAUGGCAAAAAAAGAUACGGUAACUUGGAUAAAUGGCUAUAAAAAUGCAUUAUAUAAUUCAUUUUAUGUCGCUAUUUAGUACUUUCAAGAGUUUUAUCGAUCGCGAUAUUCUCUGUUGUUUUUUUUUAUUCUAAAAAAGGAAAAUAUCUUUUAGGGGAAAAAGAGAAAUAGAGACAUAAACACGUGGUUUUUCAUUGCAUUGAGAAAUUAUCUUAAAUGCACGAACAAGUCGUUCAUAGAGUCACCAUGGACUUUCUCAAACACAUAUCGACCAUCAAAUAAUUACGGAUAUCUACAUGAAAAUAAUUAAGACAUUUAUUUUCCUAGUUGAAAUAUUUCGUUGGCCCAUUAUAUUUAUAUUUGGGAAAAUUAAUGGGAAGAUUUGUGCACUUAAUUCUGUUUGUUUGAACGGCAAUGUAGUGUACAAUUAAAUGCAUCAUACUAUAUUAAUAAAAUAAUUGACCAUAUAUAGGUACUUCCUAUUAUAUAUGGAAUUUGUAAUUAAUACGAUCACCUAAUUAUUUGUAUUUUUUAAAUCAUCGGAAUUAAAUAUUAUUUAACUACGUUUUUUUUUGGUGAGACCCGAGGAGAAAAUUCUCCCCGAAAUUUAUUAAUUGAAAAACUAAAAUAAAACUACAAUCGGGUAUGCCUUGGAAACGUAGUUCCUCGAUCAUCUUCCCCUAAAAUCGUCUCUACAACAUUCGGAACCAACUCCAAAGAAUGAAAGCCUAAAGAUAAAGUGAAAGCAUAGUUAGCUAACCCAUCAGCAAGACGGUUAGUCUCCCUAUACACGUGACAAAUCCGGACUAUCCAGUCCCUUGAUAAAAAGCCAUGGCACAAACGCACCAGAAACGAUAAGGGAUGCGAAUCACCAAUCCCUUUCUCGAGAAACCCAACCACUAACUCCGAAUCCACCUCCAACUCUAGUCUUGUAAUAUUAUUUAACUACGUUAAAGAAAAGAAAAAAAUACUACUACAUCUCAACACAUAUUAAAGACAGAUUAAACAUAAAUCUAAUUCUUCUUCUCUUAAAAACACACAUGUUGUUAUUGUUGUGCAUCAACCCUAAAUAUUAUUUCAUUAUUUCUCCAACAGUUUACGACUCCUUUAAUAAUUUGCUUCCAUCUAGAGAAGAUUGGACAGCGACACAUGAAAUUUAAUAUCUAUAUAUAGAGAGGGGGGUUCUUCCUCUUACAUAUCAAUAUAAAGCAAAAUAUAAGAAUCGUAUGGAAAACAAUCACUUCUCAACUUUCAUUUCUUCUUUACAAUAAUAGCUUUUACAUAUGGCUUCUCAACCUCCCUUUAAGACAAAUUUCUGCUCGAUUUUCGGAAGCUCCUUUCCAAAACAAAUUAGUGAUAGCAACACAAACACAUCAACUAUCCAAACCGGAGGCUUAAAGCUUCCUGUGAUUGAUCUCAGCCAUCUAACUAGUGGCGAGGAGGUCAAACGCAAAAGAUGUGUGAAACAAAUGGUUGCAGCUGCGAAAGAGUGGGGAUUUUUUCAAAUUGUGAACCAUGGAAUUUCUAAAGACGUCUUUGAGAUGAUGUUUCUCGAAGAGAAGAAACUCUUUGACCUACCCUUUUCUGCGAAAGUCCGAGAAACGUUCUCGGACUUAUCGAAGAAUAGUUACAGGUGGGGAAACCCUAACGCCACUUCCCCCGCUCAAUACUCCGUUUCGGAAGCGUUUCACAUCACUCUUUCAGAGAUUUCAAAGUUUUCUGAUGAUCGCAACAACCUGAGAACAACCGUUGAAACGUAUGUGCAAGAGAUAACUCGAGUGGCACAAAUGAUAUGUGAAGUACUCGGGAAACAAGUGAACGUGAACUCGGAGUAUUUCGAAAACAUUUUUGAGCUUAAAAACAGUUUUUUAAGGCUCAAUAAGUACCAUCCUCGUGUUUUUGGUUCUGAAGUGUUUGGUUUGGUUCCUCAUACCGAUACAAGCUUCCUCACUAUACUCUCUCAAGAUCAAAUCGGAGGAUUAGAACUGAAAAAAAAUGGAGAAUGGAUCAACGUAAAACCUUGCUCGGAAGCCCUUACAGUCAAUAUUGGGGAUAUGUUUCAGGCAUUGAGUAAUGGAGUGUACGAGAGCGUGAGACAUAGAGUGAUUUCUCCGGCAAAUAUCGAGAGAAUGUCGAUAGCCUUCUUCGUAUGUCCUUAUCUCGAAACCGAGAUCGAAUGCUUCGGGUAUCCAAAGAAGUAUAAAAGAUUCAGUUUCAAAGAGUACAAAGAGCAGAGUGAACGUGAUGUUAAAGAAACUGGUGAUAAGGUAGGCUUGUCCAGGUUUCUCAUUUGAUCCAUCUCUUUGACCUUUGACCUUUUAGUGGAGAUAUUAAAACUAAUAUUGUCAUUUUAUUUUGGCUAUUCCUCAAACUCAAUUUAACACCUAUGUUUAAGGCAAUGUCUAAUAAUAAUCGAUGUAACAAAAAAAAUGUUUUAUAUUAAUAUUUUCAUAUAUAUUUCUAUUACACAUUCUCUUUACUAAUGAUUUUGUUUUGUUCUGUUUUAAGUUAUGUUAAUUCA